UGUUUUUCUGUUUGCCCUCAGGAAGGCAGAGCCACAGUCAACCAGGACACAAAGCUGGACAACAGGGUGAUUGAUCUCAGGACCACCACCAGCCAGGCCAUCUUCCGCCUGCAGUCAGGAGUGUGCAAGCUCUUCAGAGACACCCUCACCAAUAAGGGCUUUGUGGAGAUCCAGACCCCUAAAAUCAUAUCAGCUGCCAGCGAGGGCGGAGCCAAUGUCUUCACUGUGUCUUACUUCAAGACCAGCGCCUACCUGGCCCAGUCCCCCCAGCUCUACAAGCAGAUGUGCAUCUGUGCUGACUUUGACAAGGUCUUCUGUGUGGGUCCAGUUUUCAGGGCAGAGGACUCCAACACCCACCGUCACUUGACCGAGUUUGUGGGUCUGGAUAUCGAGAUGGCCUUCAGCUAUCAUUACCACGAGGUCAUCGACUCCAUCACUGACACCAUGGUGCAGAUCUUCAAGGGCCUGAGGGACAACUUCCAGACGGAGAUCCUGACGGUGAACAAGCAGUACCCCAGCGAGCCUUUCAAAUUCCUGGAGCCAACUCUGAGGCUGGAGUACACCGAGGCUCUGGCCAUGCUGCACCAGGCUGGGGUGGAGAUGGGCGACGAGGAAGACCUCAGUACACCCAAUGAAAAGCUGGUAAUAAUUUUGUUAUCCACGAAAUAUGAUACUGACUUCUAUGUGCUGGAUAAAUACCCCCUGGCUGUGAGACCCUUCUACACCAUGCCUGACCCCAACAACGCUAAAUACUCCAACUCCUACGACAUGUUCAUGAGGGGAGAGGAGAUCCUGUCUGGAGCUCAGAGGGUCCACGACGCUCAGCUGCUGACUGAGAGGGCCAUGCAUCACCAGAUCGAUCUGGAGAAGAUCAAGUCUUACAUCGACUCCUUCCGUUAUGGAGCCCCCCCACAUGGAGGCGGAGGCAUUGGCCUGGAGAGAGUGUGCAUGCUGUACCUCGGCCUCCACAACAUUCGUCAGACCUCCAUGUUCCCACGUGACCCUAAACGCCUCACACCCUGAAGCCUUAACCACAAAGCAGGUGCUGGUGAUGGGAAACAAUACUAAUACAAUUCCACAAUACACAUAGAGGGAGAGAAUAGGAGCUAGUGCCACCCUAUGACUCUAAUGUGCCACUUUGACUAACCAAUAAGAUGGGAGAGUUAUGCAUUUGCAACAGAGGCAUGUACUUUAUUGAUAGGUGUACAGGGCUGUCUUACAACAACAAAUAACAUACAAAAGAGAAAAAGGAGUUGGCUGGAACUUCCUGUAGAGCUGCAUACACUUAAUCCAUCUUUGAAUCAACUCAGUGUUUGUCUUUUUCUAUGUUAAAAACACGUUAACACAGAAGAGUCCCUCCUACUACCAGCACAGACUAAGGACUAAUUAUUGUGGUCUCCAGCAGUGUUCCUGUAACUAAAGGUGUUUUGUAUGUCAUAAGAGGACUGAACACAAAGUAAUAAUAAAAACUUCAACAAAUA